UUACGAGCCAGAUCAGUUACGAUCGCUACGCCGUGUAAGGAGGAUCGUUUCGGCAUUGCGCUUUUCUUAAUUUUGUUGUGGAUUUUCAACCGUUUGCAAAAUGGAGAUUUUUUCGGUGCGCGCCCUUUUUUGCAUAAGUCUUUCGUUCGUAUUGGGAGCUACCCAGAAAGGAGUCUCAGUUCAGAUGUUUCCUAAUGAGCGGACAACUUUGGAUGAUUGUCAUCUACGAUUUUAUAAAUUACUGGAAGAACCAGAGGUUAAGCCUGCAUUCGGUAUGCCAGUUCCUUUGAAGGAGUUCGCCCACAUGGGAGCGAUAGGAUGGUCACAGGUCAAUGGUACAAUAUUGUGGCAGUGCGGUGGGACACUGAUUUGGAAUAACUUUGUUCUAACAGCGGCACAUUGUGCCGUAGACUCGAGCAAUCAGGCACCGGAUGUGGUUAGAUUCGGCGACAUCAAUCUCUUUAGCGCCGAUGAUGAUAUGUACGCCCAGCAGUUGAAAAUUGCGGAAAUCAUUAGACAUCCAGAGCACAAGUAUGCCAGCUACUAUCACGACAUCGCGUUGCUGAGGCUGGAGAAAAAUGUUAGACUGCAUGAUACGGUAGCUCCUGCCUGCUUAUGGUUGGAUGAUGAAAUUAGAUUUCGGAAGCUUGAAGCAACUGGUUGGGGGAAAACUGGAUUUGCGGAAGAACAGACACCCAUUUUGCUGAAGGUGGUGUUGGAGCCUAUGCCGAAUGACCGAUGUGAUGAGGUUUACAAUCAAGAAAACACCCGAAAGCUGCGUCAUGGACUUCAAGACCAGCACCUCUGUGCGGUCGACGACAGGAUGGAUACCUGUGAGGGUGAUUCCGGUGGCCCGUUGCAGGUAAAACUGAUGCACAAUUCCAAAAUAACUCCGUUCAUCGUUGCGAUUACUUCGUUUGGCUCGGCCUGUGGAACUUCUUCGCCCGGAGUCUACACUAAGGUAGCGCCCUAUCACGAUUGGAUCGUAUCGACCAUGCGAAAGAAAGGUGCCAAAGUUGAUGAGAAUACUUACAAUUCAACGAUUUGUGCUCUUCGCUAUGUCCAUUUACGGGAAUACGAUGAUGCUGUAAUCACAUUGAAAGAGGUCGAUUUCACAUCAUAUAAUUCUGACUUGAUGAGAAUUACAGUUAUAAAUCAUGAGAACCAUUUUGUGGAAAUUUAUUGGGAAAAUGACACUCGCGAUGACUGCCACGGUGUAAUUAUAGACGAAGAUACUGUUCUCACCAUCGCAGAAUGUGCCGACUCCAAAGGAGUACCCCCAACGUAUGUUACGUAUCUCGGCGAAAAAGCCGCGCCUAUUGGUAAGAUUCACGUCCAUCCUGGAUUUAGUAGAAACCAACCGUAUAACAAUAUAGCUAUCCUUAAAAUGGUUGAGUUUUUGGACUUACCGAUUCCGUUUCAACCGUCCUGCAUUUGGCAUGAUCACGACAUUCCGGAAACUGCUUUGAGAGCCAUUGGUUACGGAAGAACCGAUAUCAAUGAAUUUUUUUACGAUGGCGACAAAGCUGUACUUGAUGCGACUCCGACGCUUCUAACAAUGUCUUCCACAAUUUUCAACGAAAGCAGCUGUGUUCUUCCGGGAAAAUAUUCUAAAAUGCAGCUAUCCAGAGAACACCUUUGCAUAGGGAAUGACAUAUUUUUAGUACCGGACUCUUGCCUUCUCUUGUUAGGUUCUCCUGUCAACGAAUACAAGUAUGUUGAAGAUCGGAAAUAUCACGUUACGUUUGCUCUUAGCCAGUUUGGUAGAGAUUGUGGGUUUGGUGAGUACAUUCUAGCGACCCGUUUGUCUAGCCAUAUAGAGUGGAUGAAGUCAGUGCUGUUAUCGGCCUAUGAGGAUACGGUGAGUGCGCUGACUUUUUUCGAUCCUGAUUUGCACGAAGACAGUCGAUGUGAAACUGGAACUGGAACAGAGGGUCAAUGUGUGCCGAUCGCGAAUUGCUCAGUACCGUGGAGACAGCUAAAGUUUUGUUCGUCUAGCAAAAUUGUAUGUUGCCCGCUAGCGUUAUCUUAUAAUCCACAGCGCAAUAGCAUGCAUCCAGAGUUACUCGCUUGUCCGCAAAUGGUGAGGAAAAUGAAGCGCAGUAUUCCUCCAGCUUCAAUGGUAAUAAUAGGAUGGUCUACUAAGAGCGGUAUCAAGUUCCGGUGUCUGGGAUCAAUCAUCACAAAACUAACAGUGGUUACUUCAGCCAGUUGCUUGGGACGCACCGUACCCCAAAUUGUAGAACUGCUGGGUGAGGGUGAGUCUCAAAAUGCAAGACUCGUUAUAGAUGGCAUCUUGAAACAUCCAGAUUACAACAGCACACAUCAUACCAACGACAUAGCGCUGGUGAAGCUGCGGAUUCCGCUUACCUGGGGUGAACACGUUCACCCAACGUGCCUUUGGACAAACCUCACCCACGUGCCGUUGGUAAUGAACAUGGUCUUUCCAGAUCGAGAACAUCCGGUGGCAUUCGAGCAUGUGACUGCCAUGUAUAAUAGCGACUGUCAACGCACGCAUCCUCUGGCGGUGCAAAGCUCGCAGAUUUGUGCACGAUCGUACAAUCGGCCCUUUACAUGCAUGACAGGUAUUGAUCAGCUUCGGUGGGAUUCCCCUACCGGGGAGUCAUACCUGAUCGGACUCGCGGUGAACGAACCCGAGUGCAGUGAAUGGCGGUACAUGAUUUUCACGAGAGUCUCCUCCUUCUUAGAUUGGAUCAACGCCAACGUAUUUUGAUGAGCAAAAAACACAAGCAAAAUUUGAAUUUCAGAAGGAAUUGUUGAAUUGGAUUUUGGAAAAUCAAGAAAAAAUAUUUUAGAAUUUUGAAACUUCAUAACUUAAAUUCAAAUUCAAUUCAUAAUUAAAAAAAGAGUUGCCAAAUAAUAGCUAAGCUAUAGAUCACUGAUAAUUAUUAACUAUAAUUUAUUAAAAUUUAUAUGACCACUAGUUCUGAGAGUGUUUGUUGUGAAGGAAGAGAACCUUUGGAAACAUUCCAAUCUUAGUUGUCACCCGUUAGUAGGUAUAUUAAAUUUCUAAAAUCGAAA